AUGUCAUGGACUGGGAUUAAAAAGGCCAUUAACAGGGCUGGAACCCAAGUUAUGAUGAAGGCUGGUCAAAUUGAUGAAACUACGGAUAAACAAUUUGAGUUUGAAGAAAAAAGAUUCAAAGCAAUGGAAUCCAACAGUGUUAAGUUACAUAAGGAAUUGAAACAAUAUUUAGAGAGUUUAAGGAUUUUAACUACAGCUCAAGUCAAUGUUGCUGAAGUAUUAAAGACCUUUUAUGGUGAAACAGAUGUAGUUCAUGAAAGAGAAUUGGCUAAGGAAGGGAAAGAAUUAAGAAUUAAUAAUUUUAGUGAUGAAUAUUAUAGAUCGAUUAAAGGUUUGAAUGAUGAUGUUUUAAGUGAAUUAGAGGGCCCUUAUAAUCAAGUUGUAUUGAACCCUAUCGGAAGAUUCAAUUCAUAUUUCAUUGAGAUCAACGAAGCCAUAAAAAAGAGACACAAUAAGAAAUUAGAUUAUGAUUUGAUGAAAAGUAAAUUACAGAAAUUGAUAGAAAAACCAAGUAACGAUGUUGAAGAUUCGAAAUUAUUAACCACCAAAGAAGAAUUGGUCAAAUCAGAAGAAGUUUAUGAUAAUUUGAAUGAAGAAUUGAAGACUGAAUUACCCAAAUUGAUUAAUUUGAGAAUUCCCUUCUUAAAUCCAAGUUUUGAAAGCUUUGUCAAGUUACAAUUAAGAUUCUUCAAUGAGAAUUAUAAAUCAUUGAACGAAAUCCAAUCAAACUUAGAUAGUCGACUUAGACAAGAUUAUAUAAAUGGGAAUUUGGAAUCGAGAUUGGAUCAAGUUUUGGUAAAAAUGAGGGAACUCAAUGUUACUGGUAAUUGA